ACUGUAUUAUGUUUGUAUCGUUAGUCUCAUCAGCGCAAGAUAACAGCGAUGGAGACCGAGAUKAACGCAAAGGUUAAAGAGCAUGAUAGCUUUGUCGCCCAACUGCAGUCACAACUUGAACAGAAAGAUGAGAAGUUAAAUGAAUAUCAAAGAAAAGUUGAGGUUCUCGAGGCUGAGCUCCAAAAGCAGUGUGAAAGUUGUAAAAACUAUGAAUCACAGCUGUGCAAAACACAAGCUUCGUUAAAGGAAGAGCAGGACAAAGUUCACGCCUUUGAGUCUCAGCUUCUCAUCUUAACUACUGAGAUAAAGGAUUUACAAGGUCAAAUUAGCUCUGGAGAACAAGAACUUCAGCGAGUCAGAAUAAAAUCUGAAGAGACGGAGUCCAGCCUUAGGAUGUCAGUAGAGCAGCUUAAUGAGGUGAAGAAUAAUCUUGAAUUGCAAAUGAUGAACUUGGAAAAUCAACUGAAGGCAGAAAGGGAUCAAGUGACGGCUCUUACAUCGGAGAAGGGAAAUCUAGAGGAUGAAGUGACGAAACAUGCCAAUGCCUUGAUACAGCUAAGGUAUGGUUUCAUGAAUUUUUAA